AUUGGAAGAGGUUUCAUCGCAAAACCAAGUAAAGACUUCAGUUCAACGUAGGAUUCGCCAGAGCAUUCAAGAUGAGUAUCCGGGACUUGAAACAGUGAUGGAGGAUCUACUUCCCAAAAAGUCUCCUCUCAUUGUUGUGAAGUGCCCAAACCAUCUUACCCUAGUUGUUGUCAACAAUGUGCCCCUCUUCUUCUGUAUCCGUGACGGACCAUACAUGCCAACACUGCGGCUUCUUCAUCAAUAUCCAAAUAUAAUGAAGAGGUUUCAAGUUGAUAGAGGUGCAAUAAAGUUUGUUUUCUCUGGUGCAAACAUAAUGUGUCCUGGUCUUACAUCCCCUGGAGGCGUUCUUGAUGAAGAAGUUGACGCAGAAAGACCAGUGGCUAUAUAUGCAGAAGGAAAGCAACAUGCCUUAGCAAUAGGCUUCACCAAAAUGUCAGCCAAGGACAUUAAGAGCAUCAACAAAGGAAUCGGAGUGGACAACAUGCAUUACCUCAACGACGGUCUCUGGAAGAUGGAACUGCUAGAUUGAAGGAGCAUGAAGAUGUCAUGUGGAUCACUGUUGGGGAGAGAUAUAUUAUGAUCUCAAUUUUUAUGCGUCUCUAAACUUGUGGAGCUUUUGUCUUGGAUCAACCUUUUAGCUUCUGUUAUGAAAUAUUUUGAUGUUUUGUUUUAUGAGCGAACGUUAUCAACCUUAGCUAAGGUUACAGUUUCUAAGUA